AUGCUUUGGCGCGUCUCCGCCUGGUCGCUGGCUGCGCUGCAGGACGCGCCCGCCCGCUGCCGCUCCGGGGAGGGAGGAGUUGGGCUGGGGACAAAGGGUUUCGGACUAGAGAGGUUGGGGUUGUGACCCGGGGGUAGCGGUGACUGGGAGCUAACGCUUGGGGCUGGCUGGGGAGGUUGGAGCUGGGCAGGAGUUUGCAAGCACAGCAAGGCAAAGACGGCAGGAGAGCAGCUGCUGCUAGGAGUCAAGACCCUACAGGCAGCGCCACUGAUCUGUGGUCAUUUUUUCACGUGCCAAGAGGAGAUGAAGCACAUUGGAUUCUGCAUAAUUUGGCUUUGGAUGGCAAUUCUCUUCCUCCUUCCUGUUUCAACUUAUAUGGCAGCCACUGACAAGACAGUUACAGUGUGUCCUAUAAUGAGACCAGAUGGACAUCAGCUUAGACAUAUCUACAAAGAAAAUCUUGAUGUUUCAGGUUUUGAUCUAGCAGAAAGCUUUUCUCUGAGACAGGCAUCUUGUGGAGGUGAAAAAACCUGUUUUAAACUGGGAAGCACACCUCUUAUCAGAGACACUCGGCAAGUAUUUCCAAAUGGGCUUCCUGAAGAAUAUUCUUUAAUAGCCACAUUUCGUGUAAGACGAAACACCAGAAAGGAACGGUGGCAUAUAUGGCAAAUUUUAAAUCAGUCUGACACCCCACAGGUGUCUGUCAUAGUUGAUGGUUCAAAAAAAGUUGUGGAAUAUAUAGCCAAAUCUGCUCAGGGAAAUGUGCUACACCACACCUUUAAAAAUCGGGAAAUUUAUCCUCUCUUUGAUCGGCAGUGGCAUAAGCUUGCCGUUAGUAUACAGUCAAGGAUCGUUUCCCUCUAUGUGGAUUGUAACUUAAUUGAAAGAUGGCAGACUGAUCUAAAGGACUCCAUUGACUUUCAAGGAAGGACUUCCAUUGCUGCUCGAGCUGCAGAUGACAAGCCUGUAGAUAUUGAACUUCGCCGCAUAAUAAUUUAUUGUAACCCCAAAUUUGCAGCUCAAGAGACCUGUUGUGAAAUAUCUGAGGGCAUGUGCCCACUUGAGGACAGUUUCAUUACUACUUCUUCGUCACCAGUGACUGUUCAUGUCAGCAAAAUACAUGCUCUUCCAGUAACACAGCAGGAGUCUAAAGACCUAUGCCUCUGCUUUCCAAACAAAGGUGAAGCAGGAUUGCCAGGAGUAGCUGGUUUGCCAGGUCAGAAAGGAGAUAAAGGAGAAAAGGGUGAAGUGGGUGUUAAAGGAGAAAAUGGUGUUUCUGGGCUUCCUGGGGAAAAGGGGGAAGAUGGCUUAGUAGGUGUUCCUGGCCUUCCUGGUUCCAAGGGAGAACGUGGCUUUGAGGGUAAUAAAGGAGAAGAAGGUGAAAAGGGUGAGAAGGGAGAUCAAGGAAAACCGGGACCUGAAGGCAUGCAUGGAAAAGAUGGCUUAAAAGGUGAUCCUGGUGAUCCUGGUCUGGCUGGUCCUAAGGGAGAAAAGGGAGAUGAAGGGCCUCCAGGACAAGCUGCUUUACCGGGUUUGCCAGGGCUAGAAGGUCCUCCAGGUCCACCAGGGAAAGAAGGUCAGAGGGGAAGGCGAGGUAAACCGGGACUCCCUGGUAAACCAGGAUCACCAGGACCUCCGGGUGUUGCAGGACAACUAGGAUUACCUGAUGCUGCUGGACAUAAAGGACGAAAGGGAGAAAUUGGUCGGCAAGGAGAAAUGGGGUUAACUGGUGCAAAAGGUGAAAAGGGAGAGUCUUCUGAAAAAGGAGAAAAAGGGGAUCCAGGGGAAAUUGGAAUGAAGGGAUCACAAGGAAUUAAGGGUGAAACAGGAGAUCAUGGUCCUCCUGGACUCACUGGAAAUCCAGGAUCAGAGGGACUGCAAGGUCCUCCAGGACCCAUUGGACCCAGAGGACAUCCAGGAGAAGUCGGUUUACCGGGAGAGCCUGGGAUACCAGGAAAACCAGGAAUUAAAGGAGAAAAGGGUGAUUCUGGUGGAAUUAUAGGGCCUCCUGGACAUCCAGGUCCAAGAGGUGAGACAGGACCCCCUGGGCCAAGUCUGCCUGGGAAACCAGGUCUGGCUGGCACUCCUGGAACCCCAGGUCCACGAGGGCCUAAGGGUGAAAGAGGACUGCCUGGCGUACAAGGGUCCCCUGGAGAGAUGGGGCCACUCGGAAUAGGAAUUCAAGGACCUCCUGGUCCUAAAGGUCCAUUUGGGGAACCAGGUGCCCAGGGCCCUAGAGGACCCCCUGGAUUACCUGGAACUCCAGGUACCCCGGGUGCUGAUGGUAGUCCAGGACCAGAUGGGAAGCCAGGACUUCCUGGUCCUCCAGGUGACCCAAUUGCACUUCCACUUUUGGGAGACGUGGGUGCUUCAUUGAAGGGUGAUACUGGGCCGAGAGGUCCUCCAGGAAUCCCUGGUAGGGAGGGGCCAAAGGGAAGCAAAGGUGAACGUGGAUUUCCUGGACUUUCUGGAGAGAAAGGUGAUGAGGGUCUUCAAGGUAUUCCAGGACUCCCUGGUCUAACAGGACCUAAUGGACCUUCUGGAGCAGUAGGAAGACCUGGACAUCCCGGUCCAGUUGGGGCAAAAGGUGAAAAGGGUAAUGAGGGUUCUCCUGGAAAGCCUGGAUCACCUGGACCUCCAGGUAUGCCUUACAAUGAAAGGAAUGGAAUGAGCAGCUUAUAUAAGCUACAGGGAGGUGUAAGUGUUGCUACUUAUCCUGGUCCGCCGGGCCCUCCUGGUCCAAAAGGUGAUCCUGGCACAAUGGGAGAACCAGGUCCAAUGGGACUACCUGGACUAGAGGGAUUUCCAGGAGAAAAGGGAGAUCAGGGACCUGCUGGUUCACCAGGAGCACCAGGGUUACCAGGAAAGACUGGAUCUCCAGGACCACCGGGAAUGCCAGGGGAACCAGGUGAAAGAGGCCCUGUAGGAGACAUCGGCUUUCCUGGGCCAGAAGGGCAAUCUGGAAUACCAGGAAUAAAUGGAAAAGAUGGAUUGCCAGGACCUCAGGGUCUGACGGGAAGAGCAGGUGACAGAGGUCCCAAAGGAGAACGUGGAGAUCAAGGUAUUCCAGGGGACAGAGGUCCGCAAGGUGAAAGAGGAAAACCUGGCCUUCCAGGAGAAAAGGGGGUUAUAGGACCUGCUGGACCACCAGGAGACAGGGGCUAUCCAGGAUCACCAGGUCAUCAGGGUUCCCCAGGUUCCCCAGGUCUUCCGGCUGACACAGUUUCAUUUGAAGAAAUGAAAAAAUACAUCAAACAAGAGGUUCUUAGGGUUUUUGAAGAGAGGAUGGCUCAGUUUGUAUCCCAACUGAAGCUGCCAGCUGCAAUGUUAGCUUCCCACGGUCAUGGGAAACCAGGUCCACCAGGAAAAGAUGGAUUACCAGGGCCACCAGGAGAACCUGGACCUCAAGGUUACAGAGGACAGAAGGGGGAAAGAGGUGAGCCUGGUAUUGGACUCCCAGGUAAUCCUGGUCCACCUGGCCCUUCAGCCACUGGUGUGCCAGGCCUCCCAGGCACUCCAGGAUCACCAGGUCCCCAGGGGCCUUCAGGGCCGAGCGGAAGGUGCAACCCAGCAGAUUGUUACUAUCACGUAUCUCAGGCUCGACAGCGUGCCAGUGGGAAAUAA